AUGCAGCAAGCAGACACAUCGUUGAAGAAGUAUUAUAAGAGAGAACCAGAAGUGAGAGGGCACCAUACAACCGAGUUCCAGGUAUAUGGAGGCAUGCUAUAUCGUGUGUAUCGGGAUCGUUCAGUUCCAGGAGGCAAGACAGUAUGUCAAGUGGUUGUGCCGAAACUGUUGAGGACUCGUGUUAUGGAGAUUGCCCAUGAUUCAAUAUUUGGUGGACACAUGGGGAUAAAGAAGACAGAAGACCGGAUUGUGACUAGCUUUUAUUGGCCUGGGCUACAUCAAGAUGUUACCAGUUUUCGUAGGUCGUGUGAUGUGUGCCAGAAGACUGUUUCAAAGGGAUCAGUUGUGAAGGCCCCAUUAGGUAAGAUUCCUUUAAUUGAUAUGCCAUUCAAGCGUGUGGCUAUAGACCGUGUUGGACCAAUUACGCCAGACAGUGACGGGGGUCAUCGAUACAUCUUAACUAUGGUGGACUAUGCUACACGGUAUCCAGAGGUGGUUCCACUUAAAAAUAUAGAUACAGAAACUGUAGCCGAGGCGUUGAUUGACUUUUAUAGCCGAUUGGGGGUUCCAGAAGAAGUACUAAGUGACAUGGGGACUCAGUUUUUGACAGAAUGCAUGCAAGAAGUAUCAUGA